GUGUCAUCAUGUGGUUUAGUUUUAAAAGUGGAAAGCUAGCAGAACAUAUCCUUCUUUAGCUGCAGAUUUACUUUUAAUUUCAACAUCUGUACGUCUCCUUUGCUUUAGGUUACAGGCAAACCGUGCUUCAAGAAGAGAAAACACCAAGAAGUGGUUUGCUAAAAUAUUCACUUUAUAAUCAGAUUUGAUCAAACCGUUUUGUAAGAUUUACUCACGGACGUGGGAUUGAUGGGGCAACGCUACCUGUGUGUGGCUUUCCUGGUAACGACGUCCUUUUCCCUUCCUCCCCAAAUACUGGCAAACUACACGUAUUUCUGGGAUACAGACGGUACCGACUGGAAUCACACCAACCCAAACCAAACGAACGGAAACAGUGACGGGAGGAAUGAAAGUUUGAACCUGGUGACUCGUGAGGCAGAUUACGAAGGCACAUCCACGAGUACUCUUGGAACGCCAACAUCAUCUGCUUUUCUAUCUUUAGCUCCUGAUUCAAGAGAAGGCCUUUCUACACCACCCCCUACCCAAAACAGCUCUCUUACAACGUGGGGUAGUGGGACCACAAGGAAGAUCCGGAAUGAGAGUACCAAGGCGAGUAACUGUGAAGAAAACAAUAAAAUGGCGAUGCUGGUUUGCCUAAUUAUAAUCGCGGUGCUUUUUCUUAUUUGCACCCUUUUAUUUCUGUCAACUGUAGUUCUGGCAAACAAAGUCUCGGCGCUCAAACGAUCAAAACCAACGGGCAAGCGCCAGCCCAGAAGCAACGGAGAUUUUCUGGCAAACAGCGGCCUGUGGUCGGCUGAAUCAGACACAUGGAAAAGAGCAAAACAACGCGCAGGGCCCAACCUGAUGAUGCAGUCCACUGGAACUCUCACAGCUCCAGGGGAGGGAGAAGAUGAGGAAGCAGCCAGGAAACUGGCUAACUAAUAGAUGAAUCGAUGUGGAGAGAAAAAACAAGACCACUGAGAAGGCCACGAGGAAGAAGUGAAAGGAAAUCUGGUUCAUUUUGGAUUGAAAAUUAAAGAUACGCUAUGCCCCCCAAAUCGACACCCUUAGACAUUUCACUCUACAAUGGGAGAGCUGUGAGACAGUUAUGGGGGUGGGGAUGGGGAAGACCACCUAACCACUUCAUUAACUGCACUUAAGCCUCCACACUGAUCAGUUCUAAGGCCUACGAUGCAUGGAAUGGAUCGUUUAAGAAUCCAAAGACUUUCCAGAAGUCUUUAAAGAUCAUGAGCUGAGGAAUCUCGGAAAGAGCGGUAAAGAGGGCUCGACAAUAUUCGAGGCGCGCCCCUUUUAAGGGCCCUUGUUCGAAGCGCAAGUAAAAGCUGGUAAAUUACAGAACUAUUAGGAAGAGUUUGCUUCUCUAUCGUAACAGUUCUCACUUUUCAAGGAAGAGAUAUGGGCAGAGCAAAGAAAUGUGGAUAGCUAACUGGCUCCAAGUACAUCUUAACAUUCAGCAGUACAUUUCCACUUCCAAGGAUUACCUUUAAUAAGAGCCAUUAUGACAAAAAAAACCCCUCAUUUUAAAGCAGGAAGCUAUCCUGCCAAGAUGUACUUUUGUUCUGGAGAUGGCAAGAUCUAGCUGGACAACCUUCAUUACUUGAGGAUGAAUUUUACAACACGUGUUGCACGAAGGCACAGAAAACUUGCUUUAUUAAUAUUAUUAAAAUAAACUUUAAAUGAAUAAAAGUUCACUAA